GCACUGCGGAGGGGAUAUCCAAAGAAAAACAACAUCCCAAGGCAGACAUGGAUAUUUAACGGGCAUUUUAUAUACAUUUUUGUAUCUCUGUUGGUUUUUUUGGGGCUUUUUUCUUUCUUUUUUCUUACCCUGUGAUGUUGCUUUUGCCCCGGGGUGUUAAUUAAACCUGCUCGAUGUCUCUCAUCAGUUUAUAACCGAAACAAAAUGAGGAUUUCUUCUCGCGACUGGUUUCUGUUGAUAUUCUCUGGCUUUUGGGGACUGGCAAUGGGUGCUUUCCCGAGCAGCGUUCAGAUCGGCGGGCUGUUCAUCAGAAACACUGAUCAGGAGUACACUGCCUUUCGUUUGGCAAUCUUCCUGCACAACACCAGCCCCAAUGCCUCGGAAGCCCCGUUCAACCUGGUGCCCCACGUGGACAACAUCGAGACGGCCAACAGCUUCGCCGUCACCAACGCCUUUUGCUCCCAGUACUCCCGUGGUGUCUUCGCCAUCUUCGGCCUGUACGACAAGCGCUCGGUCCACACGUUGACGUCCUUCUGCAGCGCCCUGCACAUCUCCCUCAUCACGCCCAGCUUCCCCACCGAGGGCGAGAGCCAGUUCACGCUGCAGCUCCGGCCGUCCAUCCGGGGGGCGCUGCUGUCCCUCCUCGACCACUACGACUGGAACAAAUUUGUCUUCCUGUACGACACCGACCGGGGAUACGCCAUCCUGCAGGCCAUCAUGGAGAAGGCGGGACAAAACAACUGGCAGGUCAGCGCCAUCUGCGUGGAAAGCUUCAACGAUGCCAACUACCGCCGGCUGCUGGAGGAUCUGGACCGGAGGCAGGAGAAGAAGUACGUCAUCGACCUCGAGGCGGAGAGGCUGCAGAACGUGCUGGAACAGAUCGUCAGUGUCGGGAAACAUGUCAAAGGCUACCAUUACAUCAUGGCCAACCUGGGUUUUAAGGACAUCAACCUGGAGCGCUUCAUGCACGGCGGAGCCAACGUGACAGGCUUCCAGCUGGUGGACUUCAGCAACCCCAUGGUCAUCAAGCUGAUGCAACGCUGGAAUAAGCUGGAUCAGAGGGAGUACCCGGGGUCGGACGCCCCGCCCAAGUACACCUCAGCGCUGACAUACGACGGGGUGAUGGUGAUGGCCGAGGCCUUCAGGAACCUGCGCAGGCAGAAGGUAGACAUUUCCAGACGGGGGAACGCUGGCGACUGCCUGGCCAACCCCGCCGCCCCGUGGAACCAAGGCAUCGACAUGGAGCGUACUCUCAAACAGGUCCGACUGCAGGGAUUAACAGGUAAUGUCCAGUUUGACCACUAUGGCCGCAGGGUCAACUACACGAUGGACAUGUUUGAACUGAGGAAUAAUGGACCCAGGCGGAUUGGCUACUGGAACGAUGCAGACAAACUGGUCCUGAUCCAGGACUCUAGUCUGCAUCCAAAUGACACCUCUGGCAUGGAGAACCGCACUAUUGUGGUUACUACCAUCAUGGAGGGUCCCUAUGUGAUGCUCAAGAAGAACUGGGAGAUGUACGAGGGCAACGACCAGUACGAGGGGUACUGCGUGGACCUGGCCGCGGAGAUCUCCAAACACAUCGGCAUCAAGUACAAAAUCUCCGUCGUUCCCGACGGAAAGUACGGCGCCAGAGACCCAGAGACAAAGAUCUGGAACGGCAUGGUCGGGGAGCUGGUGUACGGGAAAGCGGAAAUCGCUGUGGCCCCAUUGACUAUCACGUUGGUCCGGGAGGAGGUGAUCGACUUCUCCAAGCCCUUCAUGUCGCUGGGCAUUUCUAUCAUGAUCAAGAAGCCCCAAAAAUCCAAACCAGGGGUGUUCUCCUUCCUGGACCCGUUGGCCUAUGAGAUCUGGAUGUGCAUUGUGUUCGCCUAUAUCGGCGUGAGCGUGGUGCUCUUCCUGGUCAGCCGCUUCAGCCCGUACGAAUGGCACACCGAGGAGCCCGAAGAGGGCACCGACGGUCCGCCAAGCGAUCAGCCCCCCAAUGAAUUUGGUAUCUUCAACUCUCUCUGGUUCUCCCUGGGCGCCUUCAUGCAGCAGGGCUGUGACAUCUCCCCCAGAUCGUUGUCGGGGCGAAUCGUUGGAGGAGUGUGGUGGUUCUUCACUCUCAUCAUCAUCUCGUCCUACACGGCUAACUUGGCUGCCUUCCUCACCGUGGAGAGGAUGGUUUCCCCCAUCGAGAGUGCCGAGGACCUGGCAAAGCAGACAGACAUCUCUUACGGCACUUUGGAUUCUGGCUCGACCAAAGAGUUCUUCAGGCGGUCAAAGAUCGCCGUCUACGAGAAGAUGUGGGGGUACAUGAAGUCGGCCGAGCCCACGGUCUUCACCAAGACCACGGGCGAAGGCGUGGCGCGCGUCCGGAAGUCCAAAGGGAAAUACGCCUUCCUCUUGGAGUCCACCAUGAACGAGUACACGGAGCAACGCAAGCCGUGCGACACGAUGAAAGUGGGAGGCAACUUGGACUCCAAAGGCUACGGAGUAGCGACGCCCAAGGGUUCACAGUUAAGAAGUGCAGUUAACCUGGCAGUGUUAAAACUCAAUGAGCAAGGCCUGUUGGACAAAUUGAAAAACAAGUGGUGGUACGACAAAGGAGAGUGUGGCAGCGGAGGCGGUGGCGAGAAGCAGUGGCUGCGAUGCAACUGCAGGAUGAGGGAUGUUCACAUGUCACACCAGAGGCCUCAGCUGUGGUAGCACACGAACGAGGCUCACUUUUUGUUCUCGUCGACGCACCGGAGCGUGCAGAGAGCCGCCGCGUGAGAAUUAGACCAGCAUGCACCUGUUCACAUCAGUCGUGUUAUCGAGAUCAGAUCCGCAAGUGCAGGACACACACGCACGCGCGCGCGCAUACACACACGCGCGCGGGCGCACGCCAUCACCAGCUAAUGAGACGAUGCAUGACAGGCAGUCUUUUUUUGUGUCGAGGUAAUACGUCGACACUAGUGAUUUAUCGGAGCGUGAUGAAUGGCAGGAAGGAGCAGGAGACCGAGCUCAGCUGCACACAUUUGAAUCAAAGGCUUUCAAAGGUGAAUGUCAGAGCUGACAGACAAAGGCAGGCUGGUGAAAUAUGGAGGGACAUUAAAGGGUUCAUCCAAUUUACACAAAUGGAUUUUCUCUCCUUUUUUCUCUUUUUUUUUUUACCGCUAGUUAAAUAUAGCCAUGCAGAUAUCUCUAUUUACGUUUUUAAAUAUCCAUAUAGCAGCAUCUCUGUCCAGGAACAAUGUCAUUGUUUCUUUAGAUAAUGCACAGAGCAUGCUGUCUGCGGUAUUUUACCGCAGGAGACCAAUAGCAGCGCUAGGUUCCCAUGGAAGAACCCAUUUUGGUCCCUGGUAGAACAUUUUAUCAAGGCUCCAAUUGUAACUCUUUUUUUCAUAGAGUUCAUCCUAGACGCAUAAAGGCCGACACAUAGAAAGGGGAAAGGUUCCACAACUGUUCUUUUACCCAAAGUCAAUUCUGAUAUUGUUUUUUGUGAGAUAAGUUACUGAUUAAUUUGUCAGUGGUAGAGGCAACAUUUCAAAAAUCAAACUCAAAUCCAUCUGCAUGGUCAGCAGCACUGGGGAUAAGUGAGAAAACAUGUUUGAUUUUUUUUAACUGUUUAAACGGAUUCUUAAAUGUUGAGAGUCGACAUGGUUUACGUAGAAAGUUUUCCAAAAAUAUAAAAGGAAGGAUGAAAGCGGAUCAUUUUGCGAGCGCGGCUACAUCCAGCUGUGGAGCAGCAGAUAUAGAAAAUAGAGGAAGAGUCGUGAUAUAUGUUGUGUGGGUGAGUGUGUGAAACUGUGUGUGUGUGUGUGUACAAUGUGAAGUUUGAUGUGUAAUUGUUCCACAUGGUCUUAAACAUAUUGUUGAGUGUUUGUCUGUUGCUGCUCCUGCUGAAGCGUGCACUGACUUGUUGUCUGCUCCCUCUCCCCGCCGACGGCGACAGGACAAGUCGUCCCAGGCCCUCAGUCUGAGCAACGUGGCGGGGGUCUUCUACAUCCUCGUUGGGGGCCUAGGCCUGGCCAUGCUGGUGGCCCUC